CUUGAUUUAGACCAUGCCACUAACUUCAAAACUUCCUAGCGGAUCAAAAAUAGGAAAGACAAUCAGAAUCCGUGGCAUGUGCUCUGGACAAGACGGAUUUUCGAUAAAUUUGAUGGACGACAGAGAGAACAUUUACUUUCAUUUUAAUCCUCGCCCACGAGAGAAGUCUGUCAUAAGUAAUUCUUGUUUUGGAAGCUGGGGAAAAGAAGAAAAAAGAUACUUAGAAAAGUUUCCUUUCCUUCCAUUUCAGUACUUUGAUGCUUCGUUUGUCCUAAUGGAAGACAAAUUUACAGUAUUUGUAAAUGAUGAGCACCUCGUUGAUUUCACACAUCGUGGGAAUCCUGACAACAUUUCUGUUCUUGGUAUCAAAGGUAGUGUUCAUAUUUUGGAGACAGAAUAUCUAGGAUCUAUGUAUACUAUGAUGGAAGUUGAAUCUGGUCUGGAAAAGGGAGACAUCUUCGUACUGAAUGGAAUGGUAACUGAAAACGGAAACGUAUUUGCUGUGAAUUUUCUAAGCGGGCAAUCAGUAGACGGUGACAUUGCCCUUCACCUUAACCCUCGAGUAGAGACUCGUGAGAUGGUUCUUAACAGCAGGAUUGGGGGUACCUGGCAAGAAGAGGAAAAGGUUACUCUACCUGGUGAAUUCAGUUACGGCAAACCAUUCCAAAACAAAGUGGAAACUAAGAAAAAGAAAUUCAAGAUUUCUUUAAAUGGCAAAACACUUACCAAGUACAAAGUACGAGGUCCUAUCGAAGACAUCAAAGCAGUCAACGUAUCUGGCAAAGUAUUCGUCUUGGAGACACUUCUGAUGAAGAAACUGACAACGCCCGUAUUUGGAAAGGUGAUUCCGAUACUUAUUUUCAAUUUGACAUCAUGUUAA